AUGUCAUUAUCGCCAAGUAGAUGGAGAUUACCUCCGCUGUUGCCGGUGGCUCUUCUCGCUCUGUCGAUCUUCUACAUUUGGUACAACCUCUCCAAGCCCGUCGGGGUCAUCUCGUUGACAAACAACGCCAUUGGAGGGGAUGAGAAGUCAUGUACAGAGAAAGCACAACAAGGUCCGUCAGCUGAGUCUGACAUCGCAACGAGAAAGCGACGUAUUUUCAUCGAUCUUGGCGCUAAUGAUGGUCAAUCGUUGGACUUCUUGGUCAAGUGGAAGGAGCGAGAAGGAAAGGAAUUCGACCCUUUGGAGUGGGAGGUGUACUUUUUCGAGCUGAACCCCCAAUGGGAGACCAAGUUGAAGUCCCGUUGUGAAGAGAACCAGAAGAUCGCCAUUUGCAUACCGAUAAUGGCAGGCGCUUGGACCAAAACAGGCCAGAUUGGGUAA